GCGUAGCGUGGAUAUAAAAAACAUUACGCGGAACAGUACGCGUGCGCACGGACCCGUGUUCCACACGCCGCACUAUUGCUUUGAUUAUGAAGUGGCCAGGAUGCCUGAGAAUUAUCCGAAAGCGGAGCGUCCUCAUUGCGGUCGCCUGCUUUGGGAUUUCUAGUCAUUUUUACCUAUUUUUGUCGGAUCAGCGUGUUUCGACACACUCAAAUGGGUUAGGUGAGCGAGGCUUCAACACCGAUUAUAGAUUUUCGCCGUGCUGCGAAAAUGGGCAGUUAGGAUUUAUUUAAUCAGACACCUAGGCAAUGAAGAGGAAAUAACAUUUAUACUGGACCAGAUUUCAGUAUCCUCGUCCGUAGUUUUUUUUUUUUUUUUUUUAAACUUUAUUUUUGCGAGAUGAUCGCAGAGUUGGUCUGUAGUGUCGUGGCUCUGGUCCUGUACGUCAACACACUGGGCGCUGGUUUCUGCUACGAUGACAGUCGUGCCAUCAGAUCCAACCAGGACCUGCUCCCGGAGACCCCCUGGAUCAACAUCUUCUACGACGACUUCUGGGGCACGCUGCUGACGCACAGCGGCAGCCACAAGUCGUACCGGCCGCUGUGCACGCUGUCCUUUCGGCUGAACCACGCGCUGGGCGGGCUGGAGCCCUGGGGGUACCACCUGGUCAACGUGAGCCUGCACGCGGGCGUGACCGGGCUGUUCGCCCGCCUGUCCCGCCUGCUCCUGGGGGGCGGGCGCUGGGCGCUGGCCGCCGGGCUGCUCUUCGCCUCGCACCCCGUGCACACUGAGGCGGUGGCGGGCGUGGUGGGGCGGGCCGACCUGGGGGCGGGGCUCUUCUUCCUGCUGUCUCUGCUGUGCUAUGCGCGGCACUGUGCCUUCAGGCCUGGCCCCUCCACCAGCCCCGCCCCCGCCCCCGGCCCCAGUCCCGCCCGCUGCUGGGCAUGGCUCCUGGCCAGCCUGUUGCUGGCUGCCUGCAGCAUGCUGUGGAAGGAGCAGGGCAUGACUGUGCUGGGUGUGGCCACCGCCUACGACUUCUUCAUCUGCCACAGGCUCCGCCUCCGACCGCUCAUCCACCUGCUGCGCGAGGGGAGGAGCUGCAGGGUCAUGCUGAGUUUGAGCUUGUUGGCCACUUGGGGCACUGUUCUCCUGGCGCUUCGGCUGUACUGGAUGGGGAACAAACCGCCCAGCUUCUCCAGUUCUGACAACCCGGCGGCAGACUCGCCAAGCCUCCUCACCCGGACGCUCACCUUCCUGUACCUGCCCGCCGCCAACCUGUGGCUGCUCCUGUGUCCCAGCACGCUGAGCUUUGAUUGGUCCAUGGACGCCCUGCCGCUCCUGAACACGCUCUCUGAUUGGAGGAACUUGCACACAGCUGCCUUCUGUGCUGGGCUGCUGCUUCUGGCCCACUUUGGCCUGCGCAGUCCGGUUCAGUUCUGCCAAGAUGCCAAUGGCAGCACCCUCGUCACCGAAGGCCACAUAGCUAACGGCAACACCCACAUAGCUGACAGCAACGCAUGCAUCACCAACGGCAACACCCACAUCGUCGACGGGAAACCCAGCUCCAAGGGGCACAGCUGCCACCCGGAGCCUAGAGACGAAGCCAGCAAGGCCCACUGGUGCCCGGCAGGGGCAGCGGGCAGGACUGCCCGGCCCAGCGCGGAGGGCGUGGUGGCGUUCUCCCUGGCACUGCUGGUGCUGCCCUUCCUGCCCGCCUCUAACCUGCUGUUCUACGUGGGCUUUGUGAUGGCAGAGCGGGUGCUGUACCUCCCCAGCAUGGGCUUCUGCCUGCUGCUGGCCCUGGGGCUGCGCUCUCUGUGUGCCCGCCUUGGCACCCUGGCCGCCCGCUCCGCCCUGCUCUGCUGCACCUCCGCUCUGCUCUUCCUGUUCGGGGCCAAGACUGUCCUCCGGAACCAAGACUGGCACAGUGAGGAGGCGCUCUACAGGUCGGGGAUCGCUGUCAACCCUGCCAAAGCGUGGGGCAACCUGGGAAAUGUCCUGAAGGACCAGGGCAAGAUGGCGGAGGCAGAGAGGGCCUACAGGAACGCACUGUACUACCGCAGCAACAUGGCCGACAUGCUGUACAACCUGGGUCUGCUGCUACAGGAAAGACAGCAGUUCUCGGAGGCACUGCAGUACUACACACUGGCCAUCGGGAGCAGACCCACACUGGCCUCUGCGUACCUGAACACAGGGAUCAUCCUGAUGAAUCAGGGCCACCUGGACGAGGCCAAGCGCACCUUCCUCAUCUGCGCCAACAUUCCUGAUGAAAACCUGAGGGACCCCCACGCCCACAGGAGCUCUGUGACCAGCUGCCUCUACAACCUGGGAAAACUGCUGCACGAGCAGGGCCACCAGGAGGAGGCCAUCGCUGUCUUCAAAGAGGCAGUGCAGAAAAUGCCCCACCAGUUCGCCCCUCAGAGUCUCUACAACAUGAUGGGAGAGGCCUACAUGGGACUGAACAGGCUGCAGUUGGCUGAGCACUGGUACCAGGAGUCCCUGAGAGCCAAACCGGACCACAUCCCCGCCCACCUGACCUACGCAAAGCUCCUGGCCAUCAGGGGACGUAAACUAGAAGCUGAGCGGUAUUUUCUGAAGGCCAUUGAUCUGGACCCCGGAAAAGGAAGUACUUACAUGCAUUAUGGGCAGUUCUUGAUGGAAGAGUCCCAUUUGGUGGAGGCAGCUAAGAUGGCUGAGAGGGCUGCACAACUGGAGAUUGGCCAGUUUGACGUGGUGUUUAACUCCGCCCACAUGCUCAGGCAAGCCGGAUUCAACAGCGCCGCUGAGAAGUACUACGAGCUAGCAGCCAACCAGAGGCCCAAUGACCCAGCAGCUCUGAUGAACUUGGGGGCCAUACUGCACCUGAAUGGGAAGCUGCAGCAGGCAGAGGCCAGUUACCUGCAAGCUCUCCAGCUCAAACCUGAUGAUGUCAUCACCCAGUCCAACCUACGUAAGCUCCGGAACGUCAUGGAGAAGCAGGGCCUGAAGACAGCCAAGCCAUGACCCCCACGACCCUGUGACCCCCCACCAUGGGCCAAUCACAGCACUGCUUUCCCCUUCACUGUGAGCAGCAAGGGUUUUUAUUGGGGGGGUGGGAUGUUCCCCGCUCUGCGCUGAUCAGAGCACAGCUGGGAGCAUCACUGAAGAUAUCUGGUACCCUGUAGCCUUGGCAACAGUAACCCAGGGAACCCCUGGCUGACCAAGUGGAGGAGGGCUACAGAUGAUUGCUGCUCGCAGAGAGGAAGACUGAGGGCUGAACGGUGUUUACAUGCUCUUGCCAGUGUUGCCGUGGUUGUGCUCAUUGGCAGAGAUGAUCAGGACUGAGCCUAGCUUGGACCACAGUGCACAAACUCAGUGCCACUUGAAUAUGCUUUGCAUAUGUCUCUUUCAUGAAAAACAGAACUGGUGAUUGAAACAGAACUUAAUUCUAGGUCUGUCAUCUACAGACACACUCAAUACUCCACCGUGCCCAUGCACGCUUUCUGCCUAAAUUUAAUAAACAUAUUAAGCAGGUUUUUUAAAUGAUUGUUCUCAAAAUGUUUUUCACUGCUCUCUCGGUUUUAAGUAUAUUAGUCUGUGUGAUUAAAAAAAAAGAAAAGAAAAAUACAGAAUACAGUCAGGUGUUGUUAUUGUUGGGGUGAUUUAAGUUAAAUAAUUGCCAAAGCUGAAAUUAAUACAUUUAAUGAACAGACAAGGGCCGGUGUGUGUGCAUUUUACAGUCUUUGUUCUGCAGUGUUAGUUAGGGUUAGGGUUUUACUGUCUACUAUUACUGUCAGAAAAAGUUUCAGCAUCACAGGAACUUCAUCUCAACCCCUUCUGUUGAAAAGAAGACAUUUUUGGGACUGUUCACGGUGCUACAACAGACAGAGGAUGAGAUCACUGAAAUAAAAGCAAAGAAAAGGAGAAGAAUGUGGUUUAAACCUUCACAUUUUGCAUCCAGUUUCUUCACAGUGAGAAGGUUGUGGGUCAAAUACCUGCUGGGGCCUUGUAGAGAUAGUAUGUUCUCCCUGUGUCGUGAACAGUUGUAACAGUUGUAAACGACUGGUAUGCAACUGUUAUACUCAAUAGUUGGCGAGUGGGCAGAUUCAGAGACUGUCCUGUCUAUUAGCGCUGUCCUAUGGGCCACCGUGAGAAUACACGAUGACUGUAUGUCUAUUAGCGCCCUCCUAUGGGUGAUUGUGAGAAUACACUAUAAACACAAUGACUGUAAUUCUUUUAGCGCCCUCCUGUGGGAGAUUGGGAGAAUACACUAUGUACAGAAACAGUCCAUUAAAGCGGAGAAAUCUAGCUGGAAGGCAAGCCCAAUGCCCUAUUGUACAGACAGGUGCAAACAGAAUUUAAGCAGUGGUAACCGAAGCCCGUUGGUUCCCAAACCUCUCCUGGGGUACCCCCAGCCGGAUCGAGGUACUUUAUGUAUUUCAUCUCACCAGAUGUCACGAAUCAAGGGCUCAAUUAGUAACAGAACUUUCUUUGUAAUAACAUCUCCAUGGUACCACGAUAAGAGAUGCAUAGUAACAUUGCUGUAAAAGUUUGUAAAUGUUUGUAAGAAACCUCGGUAAAAAGUGUUAAGGUCAAAUGGCACUAGCAGAGCCCUUCUUGUGGAAACAAAUGUCCGCUAUCCAAUUACAACGUUUGCUUGGGAAAAGAAUGAAGGAUGACAUGAAGUUUAUCGUUAUAGUUCGAGGUUAUCAAAAUUGCAGACUACAAAAAAUACCAAAUAAAAUAGAAAAGCCAUCCAAAGAUUAUAAUGACUGCAAGUGGAGCAUCGAAUGUUAGCGAACGUAUGCAUGUAUUUUUCCCAUUACAUUGAAUCCCAAUGUCGAUCCAGCCAAUAGGGGCAGUAUUUUUCCGGUUACUGAAGUACUGCGGACCUGCCGCCAACCAACAAAGAAGAGACCCUGAUAUUCCGGGUUUGAAACCCCUUCUUUAUUUUCCCAUGAUUCUCCAGUACAGUUUGCUGUGUUUGUUUCGGGUACUCUGCGCAUUUUGUACAAUCUUUUAUUGAAAUAAAAAAUGUCACUACUUUUGUUUGCUGCCUUUUUUAGAGCUAUGCCGACUAAAGGUCAUUUGCAGUCUGUCCAAGUUUUUGCACGUAAAGAGGGGCAAUGGUCUCAUCGAAGUGAAUGGCAGACCGUUGGAGAUGAUUGAACCGAGCACCGUGCAGUACAAGCUCCUGAAGUCCGUCCUGCUCCUGGGAAAAGAGUGAUUUGCGGGAGUGGACAUCCCAGUCCGGUGAAGGGGGGAGGAGGCAUGGCCCAAAUCUACCAUGUAGAUGAAGCCUCUAAGAAGUAGACCUGACAUCCUGAUCCAGUACCACGGGACCCCGCUGGUAGCCGACUCCCGCUGCUUUCUGGGUUGGCAUAAGUCCACUUGCAUGCAGUGUUUCGCAGUUGCGCUGGUCUGGCACUGCUGCUCCUUAUAAGACAUUACACAUUUCAGAAGAAGGAUCAUAAGAAUAUUGAACCGUCGGAGGUGGGGCCAAGGGUUCUUCUACAGCAGCACCCUGUGGAUGCCCCCCCAGGUAGCCUUACCUGCUAGUCUUUGUGGGGGGAAACCGGAGUACCUUGAGGACACUCAUGUGGUCACAGAGAGAACAUAACUCCACACAAAAAGGCCCGGGCUGGGAUCCAAACCGAUGACCUUCUUGCUGUGAGGUGACAGUGCUAUCCACUGCAUCACCGUUCUGCCCCCAAUUAAAGCUGACAAUGGAGACAAAAAUAAUCACCAUGAAAAUAAAACACAACAUGAAUCCAUGCUCUUCCACUCCAGAACACCUGAGAUUUAUCUGAUGAGCUAAUCAAAGCCCUCAAGCAGAUAUGGAAACAGACACAUUAAAGUGGAAGUGAACUUGAGGGUCACAAUAAUCCAGCCUUUUGAAAAGCAGCCUAUACCUAGUUUACUUUCAAAAUCUACACUUCCAGAUGGAAGACAAGUUUUUAUCUGACAUGGGGAGCUUGAAUUGUUACUGAAUUAAUCUUACCUGACAAUAAAAAUAAUGGAGGAGGGAAAUUUUCUUUUAACACAUUCAACAAAAAGCAAUCCACCUUUCUUCCAUUUGUCUUUGCUAUUGAUGUGUAUUGCACAAGACCUUGGCGUUGCCGUAGCAACAGAGCACUGAGCCCCUUGGUUCUUUCUGAUAGUGGGUUUUUUUUUAUAUUGACAGUUUCACAAAAGGAAUGUAGAAAGGAUAUGUUCAUGCAACACAAUAAAGAAUUCCUGAACAUGUG